AUGUCUUCGAUAGACACCCCGGAUCCGUCGAUCAUGUCGGCCUCGUCCGCCCCUACGGCGCCCACCACGGCCUCCCCGUCGUCGGCUGCCACCACCCCCUCGCCCUCCGUCUCCAACGCCUCCAUGCCGGGCCAGUCCUCGGCCCGUCGUCCCCAGCGCAAGAGCACCCUGACCCAGCAGCAGAAGAACAAUAAGCGCCAGCGCGCCACCCAGGAUCAGCUCGUCACCCUCGAGCUGGAAUUCAACAAGAACCCCACCCCCACCGCCGCCACCCGCGAGCGCAUCGCCCAGGAUAUCAACAUGACGGAGCGAUCCGUCCAGAUUUGGUUCCAAAAUCGACGCGCCAAGAUCAAGAUGCUCGCCAAGAAGAGUAUCGAAACCGGAGAAGGUUGCGACUCCAUCCCCGAAUCCAUGCGCCAGUACCUCGCCAUGCAGUUCGACCCCAGCAAGCCCGGCGCCCGCGACCCCUUUGGCCGCGCCGGCAGCUACGGCGGCCACGGCGCCUUUCCCAACGAGCCCACCCCGUCCGGCAAGGUUGUGAUCCACCAUUUCACCUGCCGCUCCCUGACGGUGGGCAGCUGGCGCCGCAUCGGCCAGAACGCCAUGGACCUCGUCGUUUUUUACUCCCCCGAGAAGGCCUGCAUGACCUACUACAUCAACAACGACUCCGCCGGCUACAAGAUCGAGUACCCCUUUGCAUACAUCAAGAACAUCACCCUCGAGUCGGGCGACCAGGCCCCGCAGCCCAACGGCGCCCCCCGCGACCCGCCGGGUUGCCAGAUUCUCGUCCACCAUCUUGGCGGUCACCCCAAGGUGCUCAGCGUCCAGCUCGCCAAGCUGGUCUCGCUCGAGUCCUUCCAGAACCGGUUGGCCUACAACCAGUUCGCCAUUCCCGGUCCCAUGUCCCCGCCCUUCAUUCAGCGGCCGGCUUCCCAGCCGAACCAGUUCGCGCAGCCCCAGUUCCUCGGGGUUUUCCCGGAGCACUCCGCCGGCCUCCACAUGCCCGCGCGCGGCCACAAGCGCCAGCGCAGUCGGUCCGUGCCCGUGGCCGUCGACUUCGCGGCCAUGCAGCCGCCUAUGGGUGCCUACCCUAUGACCCAGACGCACGCGCCCUACCACCACGCCGACUCGGGCAUCUUUGCGCCGGUGCCGCAGUCGGCCGCCGGACUGCCCGCCAACCUGCGGAUCGACACCUCCGCCCCGUACGGCUUCGAUCCUCGGGGUCACCACCACCAUCCCAUGUCGGCGACCACCGCCACCGCGUCCCCGUCCGAUUUCGCCAGCCCCUCCCUGUUCAGCACGGGCCCGCCGGGCGAGUCGACGCCAGUCGCCGCGACCAUGGGCACGCCCUUCACCCUGCCGUUCCACGCCCCGGCGGUCGAGUCGACCGUGCCCACCCACGCCGCGUCGCCCUACUCCUCCGUCAGCCACGGUGAUCCCCUGAUCGCCGACCAGUCGCCGCCGCUGUCCAACCUGUCUCACGCGUCGCAGGACAUGUACCUGGGGAGCGAGCACCAGUCCACCUUUUCCGACGACGGUAUGUCCCUGGGCGGCAUGUUCCCCAAGCCGACUGUGAAUUUGGGGGGUGCCAACAUGGGCCUCGAGGGACACCACCACCACCACCUGGAGCUGCCCAUGCAGAGCCUGUCCAGCCACUCGUCGCCGGGUGUGCCGGAUUACCAGGGCAUGACCGGGCUGGAGCACGUGGAUCACAAUUCGAUGGGGGGUUCCUGA